UAGCAUUAAUCAAGUUUUAUUGCUCGACAAAUUGCGGUACGCAUCGAUACGUCGAUACGCGCGCGCGGGGGAGAGAUAAUUCUUUUAAUUGAAUCGUAUCGACAACCCUCUGUGCGGCAGCAGCGUCCGCAAUGUUACGUCACGCGGAAUGUUGUUGCAGAAGCAACAAACAGCUCUGUUUACAGCUCUCGCUUCUUCUCGGCGCAAGUGGCGCCUUCCGAUUGACAGAUUCGACGCGCAUAAACGCCGACAGAGCUAACAAUUCUAAUCUAAUCUAGGCCUCAAGGCUGGAAACUAUCGACAGUUGUGCGACAGUUAUUCUUUUUCUUUUCCGUUGAAGAGAAUAAUUGCGCAAACACGCGUACGAUUGACUGAAUUCGAGGCUGAAAUCGGGGUUUGGCGUCGCAGCACCGAUUCGCGCGCGCUCGCGAUCGCGAUAUCGUGUGCGAGAAUAAUGAGAAUCCAGAUAAGGAAUCGCGACAGUUAUUGACGCCCAUCGGAGCAAAUCAUUUUCUCUUGACAUACAUACAGAAAUCUCUCUUUCUCAUUGGUACCACAACGCGGUACAUCCGGCGUCGCGAUCGAUUUCUGGGAUUAAUUCCACCAUCAACUCAGCCGGCAGUUCUCGUUCGCCAUUCAAGAGAACGCGGAAAUAGUACAAUAGUUCAACAAGGUUAUUCAGCACGAUAUUCCAAAAUAAUAAUCAAAACAGAUAACAGUGUUGAAGUAUAUAUAGCACGAGAGCACUCGGCGGUAAUUUUACAAUUACUUCUGAGGGAUUUCUCCCCCCCCCCCUCCCCUCCCACACGUUUAUUUAUUAGUCGGGCGACAUAUACAAAAUGCCGGGCGAGCCGAGUCCGAUCGUGCAAAACGGGCCUCCGUUCGUAUCGCACGAUCCCGAAAAAUUACUUUCAACUGCGCUCGAAACAAAGUUCCAUCGCUCCGUCGGACAGCAGAUAAUUCGAAGCAACGGAUAAUUAAAAGCAGAGUUUCAUUAAUAUGAUAUCUUUACGUGUUUCCCCGAUGCACUUUGCACCUCGGGGCCGAAGUUUAGUUCCGUGCUUCUGUGUGGCGCAUGUCUGGCACAUGAUGUCAGACGGAUUUGGUACUUUGAACGCGAUCCUCGCUGAUAUUUUAACGCUAAGUUUCGCGCAGCGGUGCGCGGAACAAAGAGAGAGAGAGAGAGAGAGAGAGAGAGAGAAAGAGAUAGGAGGCUCGUGUAAUCUCGUGUUUUUUCUCGUUCUUUUCUUCUUUUUUUCUUCUCGUUUUCCUUUUCACUUUCGCGUUACACCACCGACGAAAACAGCCGGAGGAACUUUGGCCGACCCAAGUAAAAGCAUCAAAAGACCAGGGCUAAUUCGAGCUUCAACACCUACGACGCUCUCGGACCUGCGCUGAAUGGACGAGAGCUUCGUCAGGUCGGCGGAAAGUGAAGUAAACUGAAUCAGUAUUGCGAUACACCCCGUGCGACGAGGGUGGCUCGUCGUGCCGAUGCUGACGGCGCGCGAACAGGCGGACGAAACAAUUGCGAAGAGCCUCGGCGAAUGUCGCUUUGAAAUAUACUCCUUUCAGAUGAAGUAAUAAUACGACCGUCGACGUCAUGGAGCAGACAUUGGGGUUAAAUGAAACUGAAGUGGGAAUCAGGUGCAACGACAUGGACAUGCCGAUGGACAUGCGCUUCAACGACGGUCAUAUGGUGAAAAUAAUUACUUACAGCAUCCUGAUGGUGAUAUCGGCGACUGGAAAUAUCGCCGUGCUGACAAUGACCGUAAUACGAAAACGAAAAUCCAAAUCUCGGAUAAACACUCUGGUGAUGCAUCUGGCGAUAGCUGACCUCUUCGUGACAUUUCUGAUGAUGCCGUUCGAAAUCGGAUGGUCGAUUACGGUGUCGUGGGAAGCGGGGGACGCAAUGUGCCGUAUAAUGUCCUUCUUCAGGGUAUUCGGCCUCUAUCUGUCAUCUUUCGUAAUUGUCUGCAUAAGUAUAGACAGAUAUUACGCGGUAAUGCGGCCACUCCAGAUGUUGGAAAUUCACAGAAGAGGCAAGAUAAAUCUGAUGUUCGCGUGGCUGGGCUCCGUAUUGUGUUCCUUGCCGCAGAUGCUGGUGUUUCAUCUGGAAGCACAUCCGAAAUACACUUGUUACAAGCAGUGUAUUACAUUCAACACCUUCCCGUCGAAGAUGCACGAACUCUCGUACUCUUUGUUCGUAAUGAUGACGAUGUUCUGGUUCCCUCUGAUCGUGAUAUUUUACACCUACAUCAGCAUAUUCGUGGAGAUCUGCCGUAGAUCCAGAGAAGACAGGAUACGUCGUUCAUCGAUCGCCUUUCUCAGUCGGGCGCGAGUGCGCACCUUAAAAAUGACGAUAACCAUUAUCGCCGUUUUCAUUAUCUGCUGGACUCCUUACUACGUAAUGAGCAUCUGGUACUGGGCCGACCAGGCGUCAGCCCGGGAAGUUGACGUGCGCAUUCAGAAGGCUCUCUUUUUGUUCGCAUGCACAAACUCCUGCAUAAACCCCAUGAUCUACGGCAUCUUCAAUAUACGCCAGAAAAGCAAGACGAAUCUUCAAUCCUACCUUCCUCUGAUGCCCAUCAAUGCAACCGUAGAACUUCCGGUUGUCGCGCACGCCAGAGAUUCCAUCUUUACCGUUUUCUUAAUAGCCUUGCCGAUUCUCUUUAAUUCCCCAACUUCACAUAACAGACGCUCGUCGCACGAUCACGGCGCCGGAGCGAGCAGCCACCAUCGAAACCAAAAUCACGCCGCUGUCCCUGUCGAUCAGGCUUCUCGAUUGACGAUCAACACGACGUUAGCCAGGUCGAACGGAUGCAUUUAGACGAGCGAGCCAACGUGUAGACGUAGACGCGAUACCUCGCAUCUGCAUCUUUCCUGCAGACAUGACUCUCUCUCUCUCUCUCUCUCUCACUCUCUCUCUCUCUCUCUCUCUCUCUCUCUCGCAAAGAUCAGCGUAAUACGUUACGUUAUACAAAGACCGUGGCUUUGCAGAUGCGAGGUACCGCGCUCAUACCGUCCAAAUGCAAUGCAAUUCUGUGUGCGGCGUCGUGCGCACACAGGGCCAAUCGAAAAGUUCCUUGCUUUAUUCCGACACGAAGGACGCCAGACUGAUAAUGUUACGAAUAGUGUUGUGCUGAAAAGCGGCUGUGACCGAUCGAGCUACGUUCGAGACGACGGAAGAAAGAUCUCGACGAUUCUCCCGAAAAUUCGCAAAGUUCGGCUUCGAAGAGACGCGCGACGUGUGUUUCCUUCGAUCAAUCAUUCUCUCGCUCAUCUUUAGACAUAUUUAUUUUGAAAUAGCUGAGAAACUGGACUAGUUACGCGCGAGUUACUCUACGCGUCUUUUUCUUUUUUUUUUACAGCUGUGCGCAAUUAGCUCUCGAGCGAUCGAGACUCGUUCGAGAUUGAAACCACGAUCCGACGUCGAGGUCGGGAUCGCGUUUGCUAUGCGAAUGCAAGUUUCGUCGCGCGUUUGCGUUCCUUUUGCCAUAACUUUGCGCGACUUUGCGCGACAUGAUUGUACAAAUAAGUUACGUAAGCUCUGUACACACAUACAUAUAUAAGUGUAUAUAUAUAUAUAUUUUAUAAUUGUAUCUCGGAAGGACCACGAGAAAGCUCUCGCAUCCUCGUCUCGCCCUGUGUAUUACGUACAAUUGUCAUUACUUAAAAAAUUUCGUACACAUAAUAAACGUUUGUAGGAUUGAUUUUAAUGCAAAUAAAUAAUAAAACGAUAAAUGUCGGUUCACGAGAGAUGAGCACGUAAUACGCGCAGGCUAUUGUUCACGAUAGCAAUGCGAUCAGCAGCAACGUAAUAAUAUAUUUCGGUACACAAGAGGUAAAGGCUCGUCAUUACGAACGUUCUUCCCAGAAUCGACAACGUUUCCGCGCGCGACCGUGCCGACUCAGUUUCAAUUGAAUCGAACGCCGGCCGCGUGACGCCGCGUUGAGUCGGUCGCACGUCACGAGCUAGUUUAUACGCAUGCACGCAUCGAACUCAGCCGCGCGGUGUCAUCUUAAUGUCGCUUAAUUAGGAUGGAAAAAUGAUUCGCGCACGAUCGCGCGAGCAUCCCGGUCGCAGCAUCACACGUCGACACGGCUGUAGCGUAGUAACGUAGAAAAACGUGGCCGGUCGGGCGAUGACGACGGCGGACGAAAUGGGUCCUUUCGUUACGUGCGUUUGCAAGCAUGAUGCGCAAGAGAAAGCAGGCGUGGACGAGAGAAAUGGACGGGAGAGAGAACGUAUCGGAGCACUUCGCCAGGAAAAAACAAUCGACCAGGUGCCGACGUGCGAUCCGACGUGUGUUCCGAUCCGCGAUCUCGCCGCUCGAAUUUACGAAAACGAGUCCCUGCGAAAUUCAUUUCAAUUCGCACCGCGGGCGAUUUACGGAGGGAGGCUCCGUCGCGCUGAAUGAUGCUCGCGCGCGCGCGCGCGCGUCUGGCCUCUCCCAUUUCCUCCAUGCCGUUUCUCAAGGCACGUCGUGCAUUAUCGUAAAAAGGAAACCAGGCUUCGCGCAGCUUCGAAACUGUAGUGUGGAUGUGUAGGUGGGACCACUUCCCACACACACACACACAGUUACUGGCGUAACUGGCACACCAGCCAAGCAUUUUUACAUACCUGUUGCAAGGUAUAUAUCGCAUCGAAAGAACAAAAUACGCCGCUAUAUCGGAUACGAGGCCCUCGGGAUGACGAGCAGCCGGCUAGCCCCGCGAUCGCGAAUCCCAAGGAUUAUCGGAUAAGCGAGGAGACACACACACAUACACGCGGAACGGCUUAGGCGAGCAGCAGGCAGGGCGAGAGAGAAGCCGCUGUUUAUUUAGAGUUUCCUGCUUUCUUACCUUGCCGACGACAGUUUUACGCCCCGAAAUAACAGCGAAAUAACAGCCGGACGCUGAUGAUGGGUGGCGAAUGACUGUAUUUCACGCUAAUCGGAUUUCCCACCACGGGAGAUCUCUCCCGUGUCACCGUAGAAGGAAGCGAUUAAUUUAUAUUGGCGCCGCUUAGCGACGCGCCUUUCCGCUGUGACUAUUCCGUAUCGUAGGAAACGGCGCGUGGGCGCGCGUGUGCGCGCAACAGCGCUUCUACAGAACAGCGAGGCAUGUAAUACGUAAAGUGGGGCCAAACGACAACACGACGAUAUCGAAGUAUCGCUCACACUGGCUGUUUCCGCUCGCGUUUAUCGCUGAUCAAUCGCUGAUCACCGAUUGAUCAUUUAAAUUAAUCGGCCCCCGCCGAUUCUCUCGUCGCUCUCCACUUCGCUCUUCUCCCGACGCGGCUGAAUGAUGUGCGCGACGCGUGAAACCGCCCAAUUUACCGCCGUAAGAUUCCAAUUGAUCACGUGGUACACGUUCCUCCGCUCGGCGGAACGUGCAUCAACAGGUAGUGGCACGCACUAUUUGAAAUCUCACUCGUAAAGCCGUCGUGGGCGACGUAUAAAGUCACGGGCGAUCCGCGUCCGCGCUUCAGUCGGCGGACGAGGCUCUCUCGUAUUCUCUCUCUCGUGCGCGCGCGCGCGCGCUCACGUCCGUCGUAAAUCGUCACCAUCA